UAUGGGUGGUAUGACUUGUGGCAUAUCGCGAUGAUAAAUACGAUGGUGCUGAUGUGCGAAGGGGUCAAAUUCGGAGCCCGAAGCCUCGUGGCAGCGGAGGCCGAAACUGUCCCCACCACAUGCCGGCCACCCCAAUCUCACCCGGGCCGCGUCUUGUGUUGAACGGACGCCGCAAUCCGGAAAGUUCCCGAAUUAUAAAACCCACACGGCGCAACCCGGAGAGCGGUCUUUUUAUUUGGAUAGGGCAUAAACCAACUAUGGCGACCUUCAGCCCUAUUCGAGAGGUAGUCAAGGGUGAUGUUGACUACGAUGGCCGCGUUAUUAUCUACAUAAUCAAAGCUGACCAAACCAAUUGGAUCAACUUUAUCAAGCCGCUUAUCCUAGCCGAGGAACUUGACAUUCCGUACCUUCUCUCAAUCAUUGAUACCAAAAAUGAGGAAUAUCGUAGAGUCCAUCCGGAGCGUUACGUACCGGCUCUGAAAGAUCAGGAUCCCGAAGACCACAAGGAGAUCACGGUAUUUGAGAGCACGGCGUGUUUGCAGUAUCUGAGCGAUCGGUUUGACCAAGACGGGGCCUGGGCUGGCCGGAGCGCAUGGGAGAAGGCCCAGGUCGUGAGCUGGACCGCCUAUCAGACAGCCGGGCUAGGGGCGACGGCUAAGUAUUGGCUAUACUUCAUGAAGGGCUAUCCAAACCGUCAAAACCCCGAAUCCUUGCCGAAGGUAACAGCGAAGCUCCACCAGAACACGCUGAUACAAUGGGAUAUUUUGGACAAGAGACUUUCUUUGCCGAGACAGAGCUACAUUGCUCUUCCAGAUAGACCCACCAUAGCUGAUAUCUCAUACUUCCCGUAUGCCAUGCCGUGGAUGUUCAAAUUCUUCAACGUGGAUAUCAAGGAUUGGCCAAAUGUACAAGCCUGGAGUGAGCGCAUGUUGGCGCGCCCAGCAGUGCAAAGAAUUGUAGAAAGAGGACCUAAAUAUGGCCAUGAUUUGGAAUAAGCUGGGAAUUAGAGAAAUUCAGUGAG